AUGUCUCGUCUGUGGAAAGAACUACCACCCCCUCCGACCAAGCUCGCGCGGUAUCGCCGCCUAAGCCCUCUUGCUGGCGUACAUGUCUCACCGAUCCAGCUCGGGGCGAUGAGCAUUGGCGACAAGUGGGCGGAGCUCGGCAUGGGAUCGAUGGACAAGCAAUCGUCCUUUGAGCUGCUCGAUGCGUAUUUCAAUGCCGGCGGAAACUUCAUCGACACCGCGAACAACUACCAAGACGAGUCUUCGGAGGAGAUCAUCGGAGAGUGGAUGGAGCAAAGGAGUAUCCGCGACCAGAUCGUCGUUGCCACCAAGUACUCCUCAUCGUUCAAGUAUCGCGACCCUUCGAUCGCGCAGAAAAUAAACUAUACCGGUAACAACGUGAAGUCGAUGCAUGUCUCCGUGGAGGCUUCUCUCCGGAAACUCAGGACCUCGUACAUCGACAUCCUUUACGUGCAUUGGUGGGAUUGGGACACAAGCGUUGAGGAGGUCAUGGACGGCCUCCAUGCCCUUGUGUUGGCCCGAAAAGUCCUUUAUCUAGGUAUCUCUGACACGCCCGCCUGGGUCGUUGUCAAGGCAAACCAAUACGCCAGAUACAACGGAAAGACGCCCUUCGUGAUAUACCAGGGUGCAUGGAACGUCAUGCAACGGUCGUUCGAACGGGAGAUCAUUCCGAUGUGCCGUUCCGAAGGGUUGGCCCUCGCGCCGUGGAACGUUUUGGCGGCGGGUAAACUCCGCACGGACGCGGAAGAGCAGCGUCGCAGAGAGACAGGGGAGAAGGGCAGGACGAUCUCCAACCCGAAUUGGGAACGAUCGGAAGACGAGCGGAAGAUGUCCCAGGCGCUCGAGAAGGUCGCCGCCGAAGUGGGUGCCCAGCACAUCACAGCGGUCGCGAUCGCGUACCUGAUGCAGAAAACCCCUCACGUCUUCCCCAUCGUCGGCGGUCGCAAGGUCGAACAUUUGCAUCAGAACAUUGAGGCGCUCGACAUCGCUUUGAAGCCGGAACACGUUGAGUAUCUAGAGAGCAUUGUUCCAUUUGAUCCCGGGUUCCCAACCACUAUGAUCGGCGACGGUACCAAUUACCCUCGAUUCGUGGCUGCCAUAGCACACCUGGAUCGCGACCCACGGCCUGAGCCUAUCCGUCCGUAGGCAGUAAAAUA